CACACAACGAGGCGAUCCAUUUUCCAAUCUCCUGUCGAUCGUGCCUCCCCCGACGAUGUGCUAUGCCCUGAACGCCCACCAGCUUCGGCAGGCCCACCAGCUACAGCAACAGCACACGCGUCGCCGUCGCACAUCCCAGAUACAACGGCUCUUGCAACGGGCAUACGCUGUGCAACACAAACACGCGUCCCCUUUGAUCUUUACGUCCCUCGCGCUCAAGAUCGAGCGGAUCUUGUACCGGACGUUCCCCCACGACGACGAUGUCUUGAUGGCACCUGAGGUGUUGGAGGUCAAGCUUCGCCACGUGAUCAAACGCAUUCUACUCUCCAAGGACAGCGUGACGCUCCAGCCCAACAACUACUCGAUCGACGAAUAACUUAACGCGCAACGCACAUAUCUAUUGACUCGAACACACUUCCAUGCUCAUCCCUUGACAUCAUCCCAGAUGAUCCCCCGAGCAAGAUUCAUCUGAGAGCGGACGUUGCAACGUCACAAUCCAGCCGCGGGGUUUUGCGGUUGUCCGACACACUUCUUUGAGACAUCCUGUGCACAUCCACGCAAUGGAAAUUUGCAACCUGUGUGGCCAUUGAACAUGUCAACGAAGUCGAUGCCAGCAGUCCGUCAGGGCCCUCUCACGGGGUGCAUUUGUUCACAAGUGCAGAGGAAACGAGGUGUGUCGACUGUCGAUGGUCUCCACGACCAAGUUUUGUGGCUGCGAAGUGCCUUUCAACUUUUCCUGGAGGGAUUUGGUCGAGUUCAGAGAUUAGUAGUACAUCCCCAUGUAGAAAGGAUGGAUCGGUACUCUCCAAUCUGUUCGCACUAUCUUAUUAUUUUAUAGAGGUCCACGCCGUUUCACUAUACCGGUUGCAUGGGCCAAACCCUCUUUGUUUCGAUUCUGUGCCACGAACGAAAAUAUCAUUUGAUAAGAAUAUUAUAUAGAGCAGGAAUCGUC